CUUUCUUUUUUGUUGUUUUUCCAUUAGUAGAAACCAUGGGCAUUAAACUAUCACCAGCUGGCAGAAGACUUGCCACUAUCAUAGUAUCUGUUCCAUUUGUAGUCACCACUUCUUGGAUCUUAUACAAACGAGUGAUCCUGGGUGAAGAACGACGAGUACCAGACGGCAGAGCUAUUCGUCCUGUUGGUGUCAAGGAAUUGCAAGAAAAAGAUCUUUAGACGAUACAUUUUAUGGACCGAUCUUUCUUCUUCUUCUUCUCCCUCUUAUUCUAUAAUUUAUAUAUCUAUUUUACUUUUAUUUAGACCAAAUCAUCAUGUAUUCCGUUUUGUAUAUAUGUCAAUCAAUAAAAUUAUCAUUCAUUCAUUUAAUCAUCGAUUUAUAUAUUAUAUAUAUUGGGGUGCAUUCAUAUAAUGGCUUGAUGAAUAUAAAAAGGAAAGAGAAAUCGCGACAUCCAGG